AUGGCGCCACCGUUCCGAGCCGAGCACAUGGGCUCGCUUCUGCGACCCGAUGACCUGCUCGAGGUACGAGCCACCAUCCGGGACAAGGGCGUCUCGCCCUCGGAGGCCGGUCUGCCGGCCGUAGAGAAGAAGGCCGUCGGGGACGUCAUCAAGAUGCAGCAGGACCUGGGCCUCAAGGCCGUCACGACCGGCGAGUUCCCCCGCACGCGCUUCUGGGGCCUCAUGUGGGACGAAUUCGUCGGCACCGUCCGCCUGCAAGACGCCCAGGCGAGCAUGUUCCGCCUGUACCACCCGGACGUCGUGAGCCUGAUCGAGCGGGACCGCAAGGUCAUGCCGGGCGACUCGGUCAUUGCCGGGAGCAAGCUGUCGCACGACCCCACGCAUUCGACGUCGAACCUGCAUGAGCUCCGGCUCGCUCAGGCCUUUGUCCCGGAGAGCGAAUGGGGCAAUAUCAAGUUGACCAUGAUCACGCCUGCGUGGUUCCACAUGAGAUACAAGCAGGGCUACGCAUAUACCAAGGAGGCGUACGCCAACGAUGUCGAGUACUUCAAGGAUGUCGCCGAGGUCUACCAGGCCGAGCUGGACGUGCUAUACAAGGCGGGACUCCGAAACGUGCAAUUCGACGACCCGGGCAUGGCUUACUUCUGCUCCGCCAAGUUCCGCCAGGGCUGGGAAGAGGACAAGGACAACGACGGCACCGUGGAGGACUUGCUCGAUGCUUACAUCGCGCUGUACAACGACUCGAUGAGCAAGAGCCCGGCCGACAUGCACUUUGGCAUCCAUCUGUGCCGAGGCAACUUCAUCGGCGGCCGGUUCUUCGCCGAGGGCGGAUACGACCUUAUUGCCAAGAAGCUCUUCACGGAACUGAACGUCAGCACCUUCUACCUCGAGUACGACACCGAGCGCGCCGGCGGGUUCGAGCCGCUCAAGUUCCUGCCAAAGGACAAGAGCGUUGUUGUCGGCGUUAUUAGUACUAAGCUGCCGCAGCUGGAGGACAAGGAGGCCAUGAAGGAGCGCAUCUACAAGGCCGCCGACUUCGUGGCCGAGGGCCGCGGCGAGAGCCGCGAGGAGGCCCUCAAGAGCAUCUCCGUUAGCCCGCAGUGUGGCUUUAGCACUCACGAGAGCGGAUAUCCCCUUACUCUCGACGACGAGAAGAAGAAGCUUGGGUUGGUGCGGACAAUUGCUGAUGAGAUCUGUGGCGAGCCGUGA